AUGGGGAUUCCUCGUCUCAUACCUACCCUGGAGCCCUACGUCGUUCAUGGAGGUCUUAACAAUGAACAUGUAGUCAUCGAUGGGCCAGCCUUAGCGUAUCAUAUUUUGUACAUCUGCAACAGACAAGGUAUUCCCCAGCCGUCAUACAAACUUCUUGGCGAGACCACUGUAGCAUGGUUGGAUGAACUCACUCGGCGUGGUGUAGGCGUGGACGCUAUAUAUUUUGACGGAUACCUCCCAAAAGGAAAAGAACCCGUUCGCAUGGAGCGCAUGAUCAAAAGUCUCAGUCAAUUGAAGGCCGCACAUGCAUCUGAAACCAAUGGUUUCUUCCCGUCGUACUUCUCGGUUGCCAAUGAGGUUGCUCCGGUCCUCUUCUCUGCAGUUAAACCACCAGGAAAAUCGGCAUUGCCACCCAGUUUUCAUGUACCUGCUAUCAUUGAUGCCUUGAGGUUUUCGCCGCGCUACAAGAAGAUAGUAAUUCUUGUUCCGGGUGAGGCAGAUGCAUAUUGCGCACUGCAUCUGUCACAAUCGGGCGGGACGGUUCUCACCUCCGACUCGGAUCUUUUAGUCCAUGAUCUAGGCAAGGGAAGUGUCGUCUUUCUCCGCGACAUUUAUCUUGAUGAUCAGUCCAAUCUCGCAUGCGCAAGCUUCAGUCCCUCCCACAUCUGCGAGAAACUUAAGCUUGCGUCUUCUGCUGAGAUGUGCCGAUUUGCUUACGAACGAAAACGGUCCGCCCAUUCGACACUUCCACAACUCUUGCAGGAGUGUACACAACCAAUCACCGACCAAACGGGUUACACUGAGUUCUGCCACGAGUAUCUAGACCAUGUAGUUGCACCAAUUCCCACCUCAACAUACGGAAAAGAAAUAGCAAUCGGUUCACUGGACCCCAGAAUAUCGGAGAUGAUACUGCAACUGGGACCCCAGAGUGGCCACAUGCACACUAUAAGCGAUCCCAAGAUGUUUCUUCCUAUUCUGCUAGAGAGUCCUUCGCGGGGAAGUGCCUGGGAACAGAGCACGCCAAUUCGACAAUUGGCUUACACAGUAGCCCGAUGGAUCAUUCCUGGUGCUUUAACAACUGUUCAGGAGUACCGGAGGGUCAACACUCUGGCGCAAAAAGGGCGGCAGGUGCCUUUACUACCCCAGAAGGAAGCGAAAGCUUGGUCUCAUGAGUUGGCCAGACUAAUGACUAUGAUCAGAGCAGGAUCACAAGUCGACAUAACUCGGGCUUGGUACAUCCUGUGCCUGACUCUUGAUAUACGAUAUAGCCAUGAAGUUGGCAAGCGUUCACAUUCGCUGCAGAUUUUGGAAGAGAGUUUACAAGCCCCAACUUUUGGGAAAAUUACUUGGGACACUCUUCACUUUGUUGCUCAUCUCCAAGCCGCUUUUUACUCGUUUCGACUCUUGAAGCAAAUCAUCUCACUUGGACAGCUUCAAAGAACCCUACCAGAACUAAACGACAUGCUGUCGUCAUUACCACCUCUGGCGGAGUUUCCUGAUGUGGAGAGAACCAUUGUGCUUCUGCAGAGAAGCAAUGAGGGCCAAAUUUACAAGGCAAUUUCUAGGCUUGUCCCAUUGGAAAAUGCCAGUAUCGACGCAGUGCCAAAAAGAACUGCCAAAGACAAGAAAAAGCGAAAGGUGGGUAAAAAUGAUGCCCCCAAAAGGCAGAACAACUCUGCCAAGUCUUCGUCUAGAAACUUCUUUGACGUUCUGUCUCAAUCAAGUUGA